UUUUUAUAUAAUAAUUUGAGAAAUGGGACCUAAGGCAAGGUUUAUUACACUUUGUGCCAUAAUAGGAAUACUGUUGCUGGCUGAUUUCGUUGCAGCUAAUGAAUCUAGAGACAUGAAUAUAACUCAUGGCCAUUCAGAUGAGUAUUUCGAAGAAAAGAAACUCCAAGCCAAACAAGGAAAGGCAUCAGGAAAGGAUAAGACUGUAGUCCAUAUUAUUCCACAUAGCCAUGAUGACGUUGGAUGGUUGAAGACACUAGAUCAGUAUUUCUGGGGUCUCCGUGAAGAUAUUCAGAGAGCUAAUGUUUAUUUGAUCAUUGACAGUGCUAUCACUGAGUUGACACUCAAUCCAGAGAGGAGAUAUACAGAAGUCGAAAUGGCCUUCUUUAUGAGAUGGUGGGAACAACAAGAUGAUGCUAAGAAAGAGACAGUUAGAAACCUAGUCAAUGAAGGCAGAUUGGAAAUAGUUAAUGCUGGCUGGUCGAUGAACGAUGAAGCUUGCCCUUAUUAUACCCAGAUUAUUGAUAAUAUGAUGAUUGGGCAUAGAUUCCUAAAAGAAGAACUUGGAGUAGCUACGAAUGUUGGUUGGCAUCUAGAUCCUUUUGGACAUUCCUCUGCAAAUGCAGCCUUGUUUGAAGAUAUGGGCUUUGAUGCCUUCUUCUACUCCAGGCUUGACUACCAAGAUAAGGCUAAGAGACUAGAGGAGAAAUCAAUGGAGUAUAUCUGGAGGCCUUUUGAUAAAGAUUCUUCAGCUGAAAUUUUCACUCAUGCCAUGUUUGAUCAUUAUUAUCCUCCUCCAGGAUUCUGUUGGGCAACAUCAUCUUGCCAUUAUUACGAUGAUCCAAUUGUCAACAAUGAAAAGCUAAAAACUCAUAACUACAAGGAGAGAAUAGCAGAGAUGUACGAAUGGCUUGCUCAUAUGAGAGAUCAUUACAGAACUGGCAACCUUCUUAUACCAAUGGGAACUGAUUUUUCAUACAAAAAUGCACAUAAAAUCUACAUCAACACUGAUAGACUCAUCAAAUAUUUCAAUGAGGAGUAUGAUGACUUUGAGUUGGUUUAUUCAACUCCUUCCCAAUAUGUGAAGGCUGUUCACGAUUCUGGAGUCGCAAUCCCUCUCAAAUACGGAGAUCAGUUCCCUUAUGCUGAGAGAGAGUUUAGUUAUUGGACUGGUUACUUCACAAGUAGAGCUGUUUCAAAGGGAAACAUCAGACAACUUGAGAGACAUUCUUCCAAUUUCAACAAGCAUUGGACACAAGCAAUCCUUAAUGAGAAGGUAUCUAAAGACCAGAAAAUUAAGCUGUUGGGACUUUCUCAAGAAGCCCUCAGGGUUUUAGGAGUUAUGCAACAUCACGAUGCCGUAACAGGAACUGAAAAACAACACGUGGCAGAUGACUACCAAAAACAAAUAGAUAAGAUUGAGGAUUCAACGAAGAAAGCAAAUACUGAGACUCUAAAGGCAGUCUUUGAAGCAAAAUUUUCUGAAGGAAUCUUCAAAGAUAUUAUUCACUGCAACAGAGAGGUAGACCAGUACCUGACCUGUCCAGAGCAUACAUUUGAUAUAGAAGAAGACCCUAUUCUUAUUGUUGAGAAGAAUGAUCUGGAAUCAAUCCUCAGAGUUACACUCCCUCAUGCAAAUAUGAAACUUAUCGAUCCAAAGAGCUUCAUGGAUAUUCAAGGUCAAUCAAUUCAUUGUCCAGAAGAUAGAAAUGGCUGCAUCCUUCAUGUUAGAGAUAAGAGAGUCGGAACUCUUGUGUAUAAAUUUGUUAAGGACGAGCAUGCCUCUCACCAACUCAAGAGUCAAAGUUGUGAUAGAAUCUGGAACCAAUACCAAUCAAUCAUGAAUACACAUAUGACUCCAACAGAAGCUACUGUUUGGGUUGUCUCAUGUGAUACUCCAAAGGACGAUCCCUUCUUUGCUGAUAGAUCAGAUUGUGCUGAUAGAAACAUCACGUUUGGACUUAGAGCAUAUGACGGUUAUGAUGGGCAUGGACAAUCUUCAGGUGCUUACAUCUUCAGGCCAGCCAAUGGAACUACUGAUUCUUCCCCAUACUGGGAGAUAAACCAGUUGAAUUGCUACAAAAAGGAUGAUAAUACUUAUGGAGCUCUAGAAUACAAGUCUGAUCAAGGAACUGUAACACUCUCUUUGAUGGAUAAUGACCCAAUAGGAAUUCAAGUAUUCACAGAAUUCAAUGGAAUCCAUGAGACUAAAAUUGGAAAGGAAGUAACAAUGAACGUAGAGGUACUCAAUUUUAAGAACGAAGAAAUCUUCUACACAGACUCUAAUGGUCUCCAGAUGCAGAAGAGAGUUCUGAAUCAGAGACCUGACUUUGAUCUUCAAAUUCAGGGUACUGAAGAAAUUACCGCUAAUUAUUACCCAAUCAACAGCGCUAUUUCCGUAGUGGAUACUCUCUCAGGUCAUGGAUUCACUGUACUGAAUGAUAGGUCUCAAGGAGGAAGUGUACUUAGAGAAGGAAGAAUCGAACUUAUGAUAGACAGAAGACUCUUCGCAGAUGACGAUAAGGGUGUAGAAGAGGCAUUAAAUGAGACAGAUGCUAAUGGAAAACCUCUUCCAGUUCAUAUUCAUAACAUUUGGUUGCUUGAGAAGGAUCACCAGAAUUUUUCGGAAGAGAAUGGAUAUAGUAAGAUAAAGAUGGCUCAGAGAAGACUUUCAUCUAAUUCUGACAUGACUAUUGCUAGGAAGAAUGCUAUGGCUAACUUUGAUGAGUCUCAAAUCGAGAGCCUCUCUGCUAGUAAUGGAAACCUCUAUACACAAGUGUAUCCUGUUGCACUGGAUGAAAUAAUUAUUAGAGUUGAAAACCCUGAAGAUUGGUAUACUGCUCCAUCGAUGCAAUAUAUUUGCUUCAAUAUUACUGAGAUUGCUGAUGAUUUGUACGCACAGGCAAAUAAUUACAACCACCCAUCAUCAAUCAGUAUUCAGGAGGUAACUCUUACUGCUAGUGAGACUGUCGAGGAAAGAGAGGCUCACAGAAUCACCUGGAAUAUUGAAGGAGAGGAGUUCCCAACCAAGAUUGAGAAGAAGGAGAAUGCACUAUACAGACAAGAAAUGAGAACAUUCAGAGUCAAAUAUGGCUCCAGAAUGAAUGGUUCUCAGAUUGUCAAGGAGUAA